CCAUCUGCAGGUAUGUUCUCCCUGUCUGUGAUGGUGGGGCUAGUCCCCAUAGUGUCUCUCUUUGGUUUGUUCUACUCUGCUGCAGUGGAUGAGAACUUCCCACAAGGCUGCACCAGCAGCAGCAGUCUGUGUUUCUACAGCCUGCUGCUGCCGGUCACCAUCCCCGUCUACGUCUUCUUCCACCUCUGGAGCUGGAUUGGGAUCAAGCUCUUUAGACAUAACUAGUCUGUUCUGACUCUGUUCUGUUAAAAGAAGAAUCCACCUGAACAGAGCUUGAGCACUAUUCAGUAAUUUAUUGGGGAUGUGCCUAGAAUUUCUGCUACCCAUUUAGUUUCUUAGGUAAUAAAAGGUAAAACUAGAUGUCACGUCAGCAGCAGAAAAUGUUGUUUUUCUCCACGAGGCAGAACUAGACAGGACAUGCUGACAGAGUGAGAGCAGCAAAAAAUCUAUUACUAAAGUUUUGUUAAUUUUGACAGUAACCAUAGGUGGAUUUACAUUACUAAGCAAUAAUAUACAUAAAGAUUUUUUCUUUUGAAUACUGGUAGUCGUCUGGCUUAGACUACAGUAUGUUAUAGUAAUAUGUUACAGUCACAACAGCUACUAAACAAGCUCCUGUUGGCAAGUUUUGUCAAAGUAGCACAGUAAAUCCUGAACAUUUGGGUGUUACAGUGUGAUGUUAGUUAUUCUGAACUGGAUGUAGUUGACACUGUUUGAGCCGACAUGGAAGGUUUACUACGGUAUUUGUCUGUCAUGUGACAAAUUUUUAUUUACAUUGCUAUGGAGGUGAAAUUAAUAAAGAUAUUACAUUGAA